UCUGUUGUUUGCUUGCGCUCCAUUUCAUUUCGUUCAAUCUAAUAAACUAAUUUGUAAUAAAAAAAGAAAAGAAAAAAAUAAUUAAAAUAUUUCUGUUUUAUUACAAAGAAGUGUGUGGGGCUGUUUCUAGUGUUUGAUUGAAACUUAUUAAAAGAAGAACCCACUGAGUAAAAAAAAAAAGAGUGGAAAUUGCGGAGGAGUGAAAGAGGCGCAUCAAACGGAUCAAAAAGAAUCUCACAAACUCAUAAUGCAACUGGAAAGGAGGAAGAAUUCCGCGGUCCCAACUACGACAAUGAUGAUGAUAAAGUCAAAGGCAAAGUCAACCAAUUGAGAAACAAAAAAAAAAAAAAAAAAAACCAAAAGACGACGAAUAAUAUUUGCCCUCGACUCGAAUUUUGUUUCGUUUAAAAUAUUUUGUGUCCAAGUCUAAAUUCUGCUGAAGAAGAAGUUGUAUCAGCAGGAGCAAAUAUAUUGACAUCGUCGAGAAGAAACAGCAGCUUAAUAAUAAUGGACGGACAAAGGGCACGAGAUAUACUUACACUUUUGCAAGAAAGAGCCGUCUAUUUGACUGGUGGCAGAGAUCGCAGAGGUGGACCAUUGUUAUGCUUUCCAGCAACACCGCGCAGGGAGAGACUCAAACCGGAGGAUCUUAGACGAUUACUCAGCUAUUUGAUUAUGAUACCGAGUGAUGCAGCAAAAAACCUUGGCUUCACAGUCAUUAUUGAUAUGCGAGGCAAUGGCAAUUGUGCAACAAAUGUCAAGACAAUACUUAAAGUGCUUCAAGAACAUUUUAGUGCUAAUAUCUAUAGCGUAGUUAUAAUAAAACCCGAUAAUUUUUGGCAAAAGCAAAGAGCUUCCAUCUCAACCAAUAAAUAUAAAUUUGAAACGUCCACAAUAUCAAUCGAAGCACUCAAUAAAAUCGCUGAAACCCAUCAGCUUACAACUGAAUUUGAUGGCGUACAACCGUAUGAUCAUCAACAAUGGACAGAUGCCCGAUUGGCAAUUGAAGAUUUCUUCUGGCAGGCCAGUGAUAUGGCCGAUCGCAUCGAUGACAUACAAGAAGAUCUCCAACGAAAUGAUUUCGCUGAAGAUGUCAAUGGCGCCCGCCAUAGUCUCGAUCAUCACAACGAAAUGAAAAAGAAAAUACUCAAAUUGCCCAUUGAAGAUUUGGAUAUUCAGCGAAAGAAAUUACUCGCCAAAAUUAAUAUGACCAGUCAGCCGCAUGCUGAAGAUGGGUCAUCGCAUUCAUCGAAUAAUUCGCCAGGCUAUAGGGCAGCAUCGAAUAAUCCUGAUAUGUCGGCAGCCAUAAGUAAGGCUCUCCGACAGAUUGAUUUGAUACAUCAAGGACAGCAACGUUUGUUGACGUUGUGGCAACAUAAGAAAACCAAGUUGGAUCAAUGUUUCCAAUGUCGACUGUUCGAAGAGGACUGCGAGAAAAUGUUCGAUUGGAUCUUGCACAAUAGAGAUGUUUUCCAAAUGAGCUAUGUGGAAAUUGGUCACAACUAUUCCGUGGCCAAGAGCUUGCAAGAUGAACACCAGAAGUUCGCAGUAGCCUCAAUGAAUGUCUCUGUUAAUAUUGAUCGAAUAUUGGCUGUGGCAAGUCGGCUGAUUGAGAGUCAGCAUUAUGCUGCACAGCAUAUCAAAACGUUGGCCACUCGGCUGGACCGUACGUGGAAGGACUUUGCCGCCGGGUUGGAUGAACGUACAGCUGUUCUUCAACUCAGUGUGCUAUUUCAUCACAAAGCCGAGCAAUACUGCAACAGUGUUUCGUCGUGGGCUGCCGCUUGUCAAGCUUCACAGCCUCUUCCGUCGGACAUUCAAAGUCUCGAAACAGCAAUACGAACCCAUCAGUCUUUGUAUGAGGCUAUGUGUCAAGCUUACACAGAGGUGCAUUCCACAAGCAAGAAACUGCUCUAUCAACUGGAUCACUUGGUGCAAGUUUGCAAUCAGCCGCCACCGCCUGGAGUGCCGGAUCAUCGAAAGAAUAGCAGCUUCACUAAAUACGAACGUCAAAAUCCGGCUGCUGAUUACAGCGAAGGAGCUUCUCAUGUUCUGGCUGUUAUUCAUCAGAUCCUCGGACAUCAUCGUUCGCUUGAAGCCAAAUGGCAUCAGGAGAAAAUUCGUCUACAUCAAACUUUGGCUUUGCGCUUAUUCCAAGAGGACGUUAAGCAGGUUCUCGAUUGGUUGAAAAAUCACGGUGAAGUUUUUCUCCGUAAAAACACAGGAAUUGGUAGAAAUUUACAGAAAUCUCGCGUCUAUCAGAAAUCCCAUGAACACUUUGAAAAUGUCGCACAGAACACAUACAGCAAUGCUGAGAAGCUAUUGGCAGCUGCUGAAGAGUUAGCACGCAGUGGCGAAGCAGAUCCAAAUGAAAUUUACUCUGUUGCAAGAGAAUUAGAACUUCAAGUGGCUAGUUUUGCUGAACGAGUUGAACAGAGGCGUCGUCGUCUCGAUAUGGCUGUCAUCUUUUACACUCACGAAAAAGAAGUCACCUCAUGGAUUGAUCAAUUACGCACUGAUGUCUCGACUGACGAAACAAUGCUAUCGCAGGAAAAUCUCGAAGGAAUUGAACGACUUUUACAGCAAUAUCAAGAUCAACAGGAUAGUACACUCAAUGGUUGUAUGCAAACGAUUGCACAGGGUGAAGCUCUGUUGCAAGAAAUGCGAUCACUCGAAUAUGUUGACAAUACAGGAUCGAUCUCGGCAUUAGAGACGACUUUGGAAAAACUAACAAAACAAAAAAUUGAGCUCGAAGAAUUGUGGUCGGCAAGGAAGUUCCGAGCUGAUCUUAUACUCCGUUUGCGAUAUUUCGAACGUGAUGCUAUGGAAUUGUCAUCGCAGCUUGAAAUUUGGGCAGAACAACUGCAGCAUGCUGAUCUUUCGCGAGACUACCAAAAAGCUGAGCAGUUGAUACGCAUGCAUAAUGAAUCGGUGACUGAUAUUCAAAAUGCAACUUAUGAAGUUCUACAACAAGGUCAGGACCUGUUGCAAAUGUUUGAGUCGGCUGGAUUCAUUUCUAUGGCUGAUGCCACCCACACAGCCCAGGCUAGAAUUGAAUAUCUUUUGGAUUUCCUUCGUGAGCGUGAAAUCGAUUUGGAAGAAUUGUCAGAGGCAAAACGGGCUAAACUCGAACAGGCCGUGCAACUGUGUCAGUUCCAGAAUGAUGCAAAUCAAGUUAUCAGUUGGAUUCGCAAUGGCGAGGGAAUGCUUGUGGCAAGUUUUGUCACUCCAAGCAGCUUGUUGGAAGCCGAACAACUUCGUAAGGAACACGAACAAUUCCAGGUGGCUAUCGAAAAGACACACACAUCUGCUGUGCAAGUUAAAUAUCGUGCUGAUGCACUUGUCAAUGCUAAUCACUAUGAUCCACAAUCAAUUCGAGACAUUUCCGAUGAUGUCACAAAGAAAUGGCAACAAUUAGUGACAUGUGCUGAAGAGCGACACAAGCUGGUCACAGCUUCCAUUAAUUUCUACAAGACGGCCGAACAAGUUUGUACUGUUUUGGAUAGUUUAGAUCGUGAGUAUCGACGAGAGGAUGAUUGGUGCGGUGGAGGUGGAUCCAGCGAUAAAGCCCAGACAAUCGUUCAAUUAAUUUCAAAACAUCAAGAACAAAAGGAGGCAUUCCUCAAGGCUUGUACUUUGGCUCGACGAACAGCAGAGACUUUCCUUAAAUAUGCAAAUCGCUCACAACAAUAUUACAAGUAUCAGCCGCAAGGUAAUUGUGAGAAUCGUGUGAAGGCGAUUUUAGAUAAGUUGCUCACUCAAGAGAAUCAGGUGCUGGAAUUCUGGACUCAGCGUAAAAAGAGCUUAGAUCAAUGUCAGCAAUUCGUUCUGUUUGAACGAUCAGCAAAACAAGCAAUAGAAUGGAUUCAUAAUACCGGUGAGGCUUACUUGACCUCACGAACGAAUUUGGUUGGUAAGACAGUUGAAGAAACCGAAGGUUUACUGAAGGAACACAAUGAGUUCCGUAGUACAGCUAAGGAGACGAGGGAGCGUGUUAAGUUGUUGCUUCAAUUGGCAGAUAGUUUGGUGGAGAAAGGACACGCACAUGCAAGCUCGAUUAAGCAGUGGGUAGCAUCAGUUGAUAAUAGAUACAAAGACUUUAGUAAUCGCAUGGACACUUAUAGAGAACAGCUGGAGAAGUCAUUGGGAAUGUCAAUGGCUGGCGAAUCUGAAUCUAAUACAUCACUCACUUCUACAUCAGGUAGGUCUUUUUUGCUCCAUUUUGUAUAUUUCUUGUAUCAUUUUAUUGUUUUUAAAGGUUCUACAAGUGAUCGUCAUUCAGACCCUUCACUGGAGGCAAAACUUAGCUCGAGCAGUAACGCCGCCAAGGAGAUAAACGAAGAGAAACGCAAAUCGGCUCGUCGAAAGGAGUUCAUUAUGGCCGAACUUAUGCAGACUGAACGAACUUAUGUUAAAGAUUUGGAAACUUGUAUUAAAUGUUUCUUGGAAGAGUUCCGCUCUGGGCACAAUGUACCGCCUGCCCUAAUCGGCAAAGAAGAUAUACUCUUUGGCAAUAUGAAAGAAAUUUAUCAUUUCCAUCAGAAAAUAUUCCUUCGGGAAUUGGAAAAGUACGAAACAAUGCCCGAAGAUGUUGGACAUUGUUUCGUCACUUGGGCUCUUAAAUUCGAUAUGUACGUGCACUAUUGCAAGAAUAAACCACUCUCGAAUAAUUUGCUAGUGCAACACAGUGGCUCGUAUUUUGAAGAACUUCAACGCAAACACAAAGUCGAGCAUCCAUUGCCGGCUUUUCUGAUUAAACCUGUACAACGAAUCACCAAGUAUCAGCUGUUGCUGAAAGAUUUGCUUUCGUGUUGUGAAGAGAGUCAUGGUGAGAUAAAGGAAGGUCUUGAGGUGAUGUUGAAUGUACCGAAGAAAGCUAACGAUGCAAUGCAUUUGUCACUGCUGGAUAAUUGUGACAUGUCGACAGAUAGUUUGGGUGAGGUUGUGUUACAGGACACAUUCUCAGCGUGGGAUACGAAACAAAUAAUAAGGAAAGGACGUGAACGGCGGGUAUUUUUGUUUGAAUUAUACUUAUUGUUCGCCAAAGAAGUAAAAGACUCGAAUGGAUCUGUCAAAUAUCAAUUCAAAAAUAAACUCAUGACAACUGAAAUGGGUAUUACAGAACACAUAGAAGGCGAUGAAACAAAGUUUGCUGUGUGGACUGGUAGAUCACCUAUGCUCUCCGAUUAUCGAAUUGUACUUAAAGCUAGUAGCUUGGAAACUAAGCAGGUAUGGGCAAAGAAAUUACGAGAAGUCAUGCAAGAAACAUGCUUCUCUGGUACAUCACUUACUCUGCCCAAAUCGCCUGCUAAGAAUUCAGCUUCAGGCUCAUCACAACGAUCAUCACGUGAUCUUGACGAACCUCUAACUGAAAACGACCAUGACAGGUGUUCUCUUGCCAGCUUUGGGUCAGGCAAUACCACAGAUAGUGACAAUAAGGUUGGAGCACUUGAAGCUACAUGGGUUGUGUCUGAUUAUAUCGCUACACCAGGUUCGAAUGAGCUUAGUGUGACAAAGGGUCAGCAAGUGGAAGUUAUUGAAAUUGCAUCGGCAACUGAUCCAGACUUUUGUCUUGUAAGACUUAAUCCUCAGAAUAAUGAUGAUCCUGUUCAUGAAGGACUUGUACCUGUAUCAAUACUCAAACCUCCGCCAGGCUUACAAAAGGGCAACUCUAACAAAAAGGAGACCGAUUCCAUUCAAGAACAAAAUAACGUCCGCGGAAAACCUGAUCCACUAACAUCUUCAACCAAGAGGCGUGGAUUUAGCGGGAGAAAAUGGUUACCACAACCAUUAAGGAAGCUUUCACAAGGCAAGGUAGAUAAACCACCGAUGGAGAAGACUCUUACAAAGAAGGCUUCAGAAAGAAACCUUAAAUUAUCUACAAAGCACACAGAACACGAGGAUGAAUUGACAUCAUCAUUAAUAGCGGGCUCAAUAACGCCCACAAGUGCCCAACAGUAUAUGUCGCAAGUUAAUAAUUCACAACAACCAGAUUAUGAACCGGAGGAGGAAGUUGGCUUAGAACUACCUCCGCCAAUGAAACCCAUUCAAGAGCCUUGUGUUAUAUCGAAUGGACCACCCGCCUUUAAGGACAUGAAGGAAAAUCCUGUUAAUUUAGCAAGUACCUUCAAGAAAAUGGAAGGAAAUGCAGCAGCGGACUUAUCUGAAAUAGAACAAAUAGUAAAGGAGAAAACUGAACAACAUGAGGUGAAGUCCAAGUUCCUAAAACCCUUAGACAUUAAUAGCACAGAGAGCAAUGGGCGAGAUCUUGAAUUAAGUUAUUCGAAUAACGAUAACUCAGCUGAUAAUAACGAUGAGAACAACUCCGAGACAAAUGAUGUUGAGGCUGCACAACGAAAACGACUGUGCGCCUUAUCAGAACUUUUGUCAACAGAAGAACUCUACAUUCAAGAUUUAGCAGAAAUAGUUAAUGGUUACAUCGGAGAAAUUCGUAAUCCAAAAAGUGAUAUACCUGAAGACCUUAAGGGUGGAAAAGAACGAAUGAUAUUUGGAAAUAUUGAAGCAAUCUAUGAAUGGCACAGAGAUAACUUUUUAAAAGCUCUGCAACGUUGUAUAAAAACACCAUCAGAACUUGGUCCAAUGAUUAAACGUUAUGAGCGUAAAUUUCACAUGUACAUUGUUUACUGUCAAAAUAAGCCAGUAUCAGAACACAUUGUCUCCGAGCAUGUUAUGUAUUUCGAUCAAAUUCGACAGAAACUAAAGCAUCGUUUAGAUCUAAGUGAUUUGCUUAUAAAGCCUGUACAAAGAAUAACCAAGUAUGAAUUAUUAUUGAGAGAAAUAAAAAAGCAAACCGAACGUGCCAAUUUGGUAGAAGAAGUACCAAGUAUGAAAGAAGCUUGCUAUGUUAUGAAGGUUGUUUGUAGAGCUGUCAAUGAUAUGAUGGUUGUUCGACGGCUGCAGAAAUUCGAAGGAAAAAUUACAGCCCAAGGCAAAUUGCUGCUUCACGGCCCAUUGUGGUGUGUCGAAGAGCAAAAGAAUGUCGAACGAAAUGCAACAAUGGUACAGAAGCCCAGAGAACUUCAAGUAUUCCUAUUCGAACAAAGUAUUAUAUUAGCAGAUAUUGUUGGUAAAAAGACUCAAUUCACAAGCCCCUCUUAUGUGUAUCGGUCUCAUUUACAAGUUAAUAAGAUGCAUUUGGAGGAAUUACCAAACAACAGAUUUCUACUGAAAUCAACAGAUCCCCAUCGACCGGACUUGUAUAAUUAUGUUUGCAAUGCAGCUACGGUCGAUCAAAAUCACGAAUGGUUAGAAACCAUACGCAACAUCCUGCAAAAUCAAAAUGAUUUUCUCAAGGCUAUUCAAAGUCCUAUAGAAUACCAAAACAAAUUAACAAAAGAUUCAUGAGCAACCGCGAUUUGGGGGAAUUAAAACCAAACUAAAUGUUAUGUCUUAUGUGUAUUAAAAGAGGGCAAGUGAAGUGGUGAGAGAUAAGAAACAAAAAGUGCAUUUGAGAACAUAAAAAAAAUAUAUAUUUUUAUUUUCCUUGUUCUUAAGAGUGCUGCCUCAUUAACAUUUUCAUGUGUUAAAUAUUAUUUUUGCAUUUUAUAUGUUGCGCUAGAAACACACACACACAUACAUUAUACACAGACACACACAUAUACAUUUUAUUGUACUCUAUUUAUGUUUUAUGUUUUUUUUUUAAUUUUUAAUUUUUUUAAGUCGUCGACUCUUGAAUCUUAAGAGUUUUUAUAUAAAAAAAAAUACUUAUAUAGAGUUAUAUUUAUUUUUAACUACUAGUUAAUGCUAAUGCUAAGAACAUUUGAGUGAUUUACAUAAUAAGAACAAAAAAAUAUUUUUUUACAAAUAAAUUUUACUCUAUAAUUGAGAUGAGUUUUUUUGUUUAUUUUUUGUUUUAUUUUGUAUUUCAGUUUUUUUUUUUUACAUACUUUGUAUCAUUUACAUGUGUUAUGCUUCGAUAAUGUUAUACUUAUUGUAAUAAUAACUAUUUAGAUUUGUAUGAGAGAGGAAAACAGUAUGUUGUAAGUGAAGCGAUAUAAGAAAAAAAAAAAAACAAUCUUUUAAGAUACAGUGAAAAAAUGAAAUAAAUACAAAGAAAAAAACACUUAUAAAAGUUUAUACAAUUUUGUUUUUAUUUGGUUAUUUGUACAUAUAUUUUAAUGUGUUACAUGAGUUUUAAUUUAUAUUAUUUUUUCUACUUUUUGCGCUCUUACUUUACAGGUUACAAAUUGUCUGAUUUAUAUUAUAUUUAUAUUUUCUAUCUGAACAUUUAAAUGAAUGAUCCGUGAAAUAGAUAUUAUUUCAGAAUAACAAACCAUAAUUUUGGUGGUUAUAAUCUGAAAUCUUUCAUCAAUUUUGGUGGUUCUAGAACGAAAUGUUUCAUCCAAAGCGUUCAAAUCAAAUGACAAACUACAAAGAAACUCCACUCUUCAAAAAUCAAAGAAAUGACAUAUUGCAUCAAUGUUUGCAUUUUCAUUGAAAUGUUUAUAACAAAUUCAUUGAUUUACCAUAACCGAUUAUAAUGAAACAAUUAUUUUAUUGCGUGUCAAAAGAAAUGUUCCGAAGUUUUUUUAAUCCACAUAAACAACGAUGAUGGAGACUGGGUCGCACGUACUUGAUCUUGGUAAAAGUAGCUCUUAUGUUAUAAAAAAAAAUCUAAAAGAAAAUUAUAAUUUGAUUUUUUUAAGGAAUUUAAUAAGUAAUCGGUUAUUUCAAAGUAACGGAGAGGACAUAUAGACGCUUCUUGAAAAAUAUUUAAAAAAAAAAAAACAAGCCUAGUAUUACAAAUGAAACCAAUUAGGGCAAUUUAGUUUGA